AUGGACGUCGACGGAGAAGCUGCAUGCAAAGAAGAGCCUUGGAAACAGCUCGAGGAACAGCUGUUCCAUCGCUGGGAACUGUUGGGGGUUUGCCAUGUCAAGACCGGCGAUCGCAGGUCUGCGUACGAUGCAUUCGUCAGAGGGUUCCCAUUCGCGAACCACGACCUGGUGGGCCUCGCGUGCAAGACGCCUAUCGUGCGGCUCUUUGAGAAUCCUGCGCUGAAGCAGCUCGGCGUGCUCGUCGACCGCGUGACGUACGUCGCGGCGUGCGAGCUUCUCCUCCUGCCGACCGCCGUUUCCUCCCUCUCGUGGUUCUCCGAUGAUGGAACUAGUAUGGAGCGUAAAUGCAUCUAUGGGGCGCUUAUAGAGCGGCAGAUCGCAAGCUUGGAAGAAAGCAAGUGGAAGCCGGGCGUCAGGGACGUGUUGAGGCAGCUCGUGGACGACGGCUUGCUACGCUGUGCGAGCCUCCCUCGGCGGUGGGCGUGCGGUGAAAGAUCUCCAGGCUGCGGCCCUGCGAAGCGUGCGACGUGA